UAGAACAACCCACGGUGUUCAGGGAUCAAGAGCCUAGCCAUCCUGCUACAAUAAGUUGAGAACUAUGAAAGAACAGUCGUAGAAAAACAUUUUGUAUUAUAUGUUCGAUGUUUUUCAACAGCUUAACCAUGUAAGAUAGGGCAUUCGAUCAGCUACGGACCAGCGAAAACCCAUGGCAAGCAACUUGAAAUUUGGCUCGUAAAGCGCACUAUGGCUGCUUGGCCAAGUUUGCACAUGGAGGAGAGGAACCUGCUGCGGCAGCGUGAGUGGGAGCGCAGGAACCAGGAGGCCCAGCAGCAGCAGGAGCAGUACCAAGAGAACGCACCCCUCUUCGGGGAGCCCUAUAAGACGGACAAAGGAGAUGAGCUCUCCAGUCGCAUCCAACGAAUGCUGGGCAAUUAUGAAGACAUGAAAGACUUGCACAAGAACUUUGGCAGCAUGCCCAAAGACCUCUCUGCCUCGGUACCCUUCGGCAGGCCUGGUCGGCCCAUCCACUUGGACGUCCCCAAGCCCCCAUUCCAGAACGCCCCACCCCCCUACGGAGGCAACCAAGUUGUCCCAGCCACCCAGCCGUCGAAGAAGUCUCCCGCUCCGGAUCACACCUUGCUGUCUUCCACCUACUCGCACCCCUCUCUCAGUCUCGAUAAGGGGAGUCCAGAGCCCAUGGAUAGAAAGAGUGAACCGUGGCCUGAAAUGGCCAGCCUCCCCCCAGCCCUCUCUCCCCCGUCCGACCCUCUGUCCCCCUUACAUUCCAGCGACCCCAGUGACACCGAGCAGCACGAUAUGGACGGUAAGGACAGCCCCGGGCCUCGGCAGCCCCUGCAGGCCUCCUCCUCUGGGCCCUCUAGUUUGGUGGACACGUCCCAAGCGGAGGCCCAGAUGGAGGGCGCCCCCUUGGCCUGCGAGACGGCCCCUCUACCCUCCCAGACCUUCCCCCUGCCCCUGUCCUCCAAGCCCAGCCUCGUCAUGCCCCAGAAGCCCUGGGCCUACGUCCGGCCCAUGGACGGCCAGGACCAGGUCUCCAGCGAGUCCCCCGAACUCAAACCCUCGCCGGACUUUGAUCGGCAGCCUUACGAGAGCUUACCGGACCUGAAGAGCAUCUCUAAGCCUGGCCUCACCCAACUGAAGUUACCCCCACCAGCCCUCGAGGCGCUGUCCAGUGAUGCCCAGUGCGUGGAGGAGAUCUUGAGGGAAAUGACCCACACCUGGCCUCCACUCCUCACAGCCAUCCACACGCCCAGCACUGCCGACCCUCCCAAGUUCAACUUCCCCAACAAGGAGUCCCAGCAUGGACACUCUGGAUACUCGGUCCAAAAGCAUGAGGCCUGGCGUGGCUCCUCUUCUCCUCCUCCGCCACCACCUGCGCUGUCCUGUCAGCCUGAGCCCCCAGUGGCGCCAGCGCGCUCCAGUGAGGGGGAGACUGCAAGCUCCAGCGAAUCAGAGAGCAGCUCUGGCUCCGAGUCCGAUAGUGAGAGCAGCGAGAGUGGAGGGGAGGAGCUGGAGGAAGCCCCACCUCCUCAUAUAGCCAGCCCCCCUCCUCCAGCCAAGGCUGAUGGCCCUGCGGUGAAUGAGUGGCAGCUGGGUCGCUGGCUGGAGCUGAAGGAUCCGCAGCCCAGCCUGAGCGUGGAGACGCAAGGGGAUGCGUUGCACUGUUCUCCUUCCAGUCCUGCCUCCAGCCCCAAACCGCGGGAGGAGACCAGCACGCCCCAGCACUACAACUCUCAUAGUUCACCUGCGCGGCCAGAGUCUGCCAGCCCAGCACACUACAGCUACAACUCGCACAUCUCCCCCGUGCAGCCAGAGACCACAACACCAACGCACUAUAAUUACAACUCCCACAGUUCACCUGUGCGGACUGAGCCUAGCACACCGCCCCACUACAACUACAAUUCAGAGACUACCACACCAGCUCAUUACAACUUCAGUUCUCAUACGUCCCCCUCACGGCCAGAGGUCAAAGACCCUGAGUCAAAGCCAUCUGGUCCAAGCCAGCACGUUAGGUCCGUCUCCUCCCCACCCAGUGAUGUGGACAGUGGGGCCAGGAAGACGGUGGCCAACAAGAAGCCGAGUUCAAGCAGCAAAGCCCCCCGGCCCGAAGACGCCUCGCGUCACGUGGUCAGCAAGGAGUUGACCUCCCAUCAAAAAGAUCCCUCCCUCGCCGACCGGCCCAAAGUGAAGACGAAAGCAGUCCCAGCCAAGGCCCCGACCAAAGUCGGCUCAAAAGCCGACAAGAAGGCUGCCAAGCGCACCGACAAGAAGAAGGCGAAAGAGGCUGCCCCUAAGGUCACUGUGAAGCUGUCCCUGCCCAAGGAGGCAGAGCCGGACUCUCUAGCCCAUGCGCCCCCUCCCCCUCUCCCCUUACCAUCGGUCAAGAGCCGGAGCAGCGGAGGCGGCCGAAGUGACGGCCUGCCGAAGUCCUCAUCGAAGAAGAAGAAACAGCGGGACCGCUCCCCCGCACAGGUCAACAGGCCGGACGACGACGCGCCUGACAAGACCACGCCAGAGGCGCCGCGCACCCUGCUGGUCAAGAUCCAGCUCAGCCUACUCACCAGGGUGCCCUCCGCGCCCAAGGCUGCCCGGCCCCCCGCCACGGGGGGCUCCGCUGAGCCGGGACAGAAGAGGGCCGAGAGGGGAGACGCUGCCGCAGACGCUGCACCAGCCAAAGCCAGCAGAAAGAGAUCCGCGGAGAAAGAGGACAAGUCUCAGCCCAGGAAGAAGUUAAAACUGGACAAGGAGCUCAAGAUAUCGUCCUCCCCCAUAGCACCAUCCUGCCCUGGCUCCAGCAAAGCUGAGCCCGACAGCCUAGCGUACUCCACAUCGCUAACAUGUCCUCUGGGCCGUGUCCCUGCAGAGCCCCUAAGACUGCGGUGGAAGAGAAGGAGCGCAAGAAGAAGAAGAAAGAAAGAGAAGGCCCCGAGCUCUAGCACACUAGCCCCCGCAGCACAGGAACCGGCCAAGGGGGCCGGACACAAGAGACCCCUGGCCGACGUGUCGGAGUCCAAAGCGACUGGCGAUGGCGAAGUCAAGCACAAGAAGAGCUCCAGCAAGCGCAGUGAGCACACAAAGACUGGCAAGAAGUCACCAAAGAGCAGCUUUGCAGUCCCAGAACCCGCCCAGCCCAAACGGACUCCAGCCUCAAACAGAGUCCUGCUCAAACUGGACGACAGGCAGUAUUCUGUGGAGCAUCACAUGAAGGAAGCCAAAAAACUGAAGCACAAAGCUGAUGCCAUGUCCGAGAAGGUGGGCAAGUCCUUCAUCUACCUGGAAGCUGCCCUGUCCUUUGUGGAGAGUGGUAUUGCCAUGGAGAUGGAUCCCCAGACGCCAAAGUCAGCGUACACCAUGUUCUCUGAGACGGUGGUCCUGAUCAGGUUCAUCUUAAAACUGCGGAGCUACUCCGACCCAGCCAGCCCUGCGUCAGAGAAAGACUUUGCCAUUUUAUGCAUGAGGUUCCAGUCGCUACUGCAGAUGGCCAUGUUCCGCUACAAACGCGAAGCAGCACUUAGGUACUCCAGAACCCUCACCGACCAUUUCAAGAGCUGCAAGACGUCUCCUUCCCCUCGCGUCUCAAAGGCUACCAGUACCCCCUCCCAGAUGUCUCCCAUGGCGUCUCCGGCCAGCUCCAGCAGCUCCAGCCACAGCUCGGCCACGGCGCCGGCCAACACGGUGGCACUGCCACAGGCCAUCCACCAGGUGGCGUCCACCUACGUCAGCAUCACCGCCCUCUUCCUCAGCGCGCACAGUGUCUGGGAGCAGGCCGAGGAGAUGGCCCCCAAAGGCAGCGGGGUGCUAGGGGAGUUGGACUCUGCCAUCGGCCCUUUGACUUUGCUGUCCACCAUGAGCGCAGUGGUGCGCUACACACGGCAGGGCCUCCACUGGCUUCGACAGGACUCCCAACAGACACACUGACCAACCACCCUGCUUACACACACACACACAAACACACACACACACACACACACACACACAACCAUCUCUCCCCAACAACUCCCGCAACUCUAGUGCAUUUUCAGAAUGGCACAGAAAAGCACCAGUUUAGGGGGAUAACUCAAAACUGGAUACUGUGGCACUUUUUUUAGUUAAUUUCAGUCCCAUGGCAGCCCUCCCUCCUGUCGUGUUUUAACCCCUCAGUGGUCCUUCUCUGGCCACUAUAGUCUCCUCAGGAGCGGCGGUGCUGCUGCUGGCCAAAACGUGCUGUGACUGUGACUCGACACGCACAACCCACAUAGCAGCAUCUACACCAAUGCUCUCAGCUUCCAUUCCUCCUUACACACACACACACACACACACACACACACACUUAAACAUACAUGUUCUCAAGAACACACCCAGUACUGUUGGUUUUCUGCAUUAAGUGAGUUGGGAGAAUUCAUGGCAGUCUGGCCAUCCAUCAGUUCUCAUCCAAUGCCCUCCAUUUUCGGCGCCGAGACCCCAGACAACAGGUAUUUCAACACUACCCCAGAAACAUUCUGCUCAUCACAAGGAUUGAAACCAUCAGGCCGGACACACAUUCAUGUCCUUUGGGCAACACCAAAUGGGAGAGAAAAAACACCAGAUGGGUGAAGGAAAAAAAAAUAACAGUUGUUUUUUUAGGGACGUCACCUGAAGUACUUAAUUUUUAGUAUGAUUAUUAUUGCUAAGGUAAUGACAUGUUGUUUUUGGCUUUGGGUGAUUUUUUUUAUGAAAUUAAUUUAUGCGGCAUAAUUAGACAGCCAACAGACCGCUUGUGUGAGCCUCUAUUCUGCUCACACACAAAAGCUUUCCAGAAAAAGCUGAAUGCCCCACCUCCCUUAUUUCAGUGUUAUUUAGCUAUCCGCAAGAGGUAGGUGUCCGACAGAAAACUGACCCCUAUGGAAUGGAUUGUCCAGUAUUAGGGUACUAUGAAAUGGUAAGCUUGAAUUUCAGAUGUUCAUCAGGCUGAGAGAGAUGGUUGUAGUGGUCAGCUGAUGUCUCUCAAGCCAAAUAGAGGGCUUUGCAGUAGAGGGAAGUCUUUGAAGUCUGUCCUUGUCGCUGCAACACGCUCUGUCUCAAGGGCAUGGACGGAACUGUGGUCAUCAACAAUGGGAUCUUGUGAUCAGCCAAUCAUGGGGAUCAAACCGCACACAGGGGGCAAGAGCACAUGGCGUAAUGUUUCCAGAGAGCAGCUGUGGCAGAUAGCCCAACCACCUCAGCUGUGAUGGGGAGUUGCUGUCAGUGUGGAUUACCAACAUCUGGAGAAGAGGGGUGUCAUGGUGCCUCCACUUGCUCUGAGUGUGUGCACUGCACAUGGCUGGGGCUGGUGAAGAAAGUCAUGUUGUCUGUGCAUUUUUGUUGGAAGUAGGCUGAGCAGCUUUUUUCUUUUAGUUGACGUCAUUAUGAAAUCUGUGCCUUAUAUUUAAAAUUGGUUACAGAUGCCCCCAUCCCCCAACCCCAAACAGAGAAACCUUUGAAUGUAUGAAAAGCCUUCCCCCUAAACCAUGAUGUGCAGCAAUUCCUCACCUUUUGGCCAAAGUGAAUUCUGAUAUGGUAGCAGUCUUAGAGCUUGUGGGAACAUCUUGGUGUGCGUGCGUGUGUGUGUAUGUGCGCAUGAAGGGGCCAUUUUAACCUUUGAACUGGUGCUGGGCGCUCAUGCUUCUUCUGUGCUUCGUUGCGCUUGUUUUGUUUUCUCCAGAGAAGCGAGUUAGCCUUUGUCCCUCUCAUUUGGCUUUUCGCUUCAUCAUGAGUUCAGAGGCAAGUUCACAAAUGCCCCCCCCCCCCAAUUCUCCUCAAUAUGAAGACUUUUAAACCAGCAUGAAGUGAGGCAAAGCUGAACACCUGUGAGCAGGCCCCGACAGGAAGCGGUAGCUCUCAAACGCCUACCCUCCCGCCCUCCUGCGUGUGCACGUCUUGUCCGGUUGGACGUCUGCAGUGUCACACGGCCGUUUGACUGUUUGGAUUGUGUGGCUGAGAUUUUUUUAUUUUUAAAAUCACUUUUUUUAUCACAUAUUUAUAUCAAGCAACAUCGCUGCUUUAUCGCUGUUUUCUUCUGUAGUUCAAACCACUACCAGAGGUCAGUGCUGGUGUCAAAUCCUGUGACCUUUCGUACCUUAGAUUCGAGUGCCUGCAUUUACAAAGUGGAAUUCAACCAUAUGAGUUUGACUUUACUUUUUAAUCGUACAGCAUGGAGCAUAUCAGUUAUCAGGGUGAAGGGUGCACUAUGGCCGUGCUGGUCAGGAAGGGAGCAAUGUUAAGGGCUGUCUGGACGUCUGGGCUGGUUUGGGUCAGACGCUGGGUCAUGUCAGUCCCAGUGAGGGUGUGAAAGGGUUUGAGUUCAGGUGGACUGUGAUGUAUGAAAGGUAUGUGCUUUAGAUUUAACACGGCAGAUAUUUAUUGAUGGUUUUCCUUUUUGUCGUCAUCAUGACCAAGUACAUGUGUGCAUUAUUUAUUUUCUAUCAUAAUACAUAUUCUUAAGUCUUUAUUCCUCCCCCCCCCCUUUCUGCACCUUCCCCAAAUUCUCUCCACACCCCAUCAGGAGGGAACAGGAGCAUUAAUUACAUUCA